UGUUGUUUGGGAAGCGUAAACAAAUGAAUCUCAUUUGUAAAAGAAAUGAAUAAUUGACGAAAACAUAAAUAUCCAUUAAUAUUAUUGAAAAUGGUGAUUGUGAAAGGUUUUUUCAUAAUUUAAUACCGUUACGCAAGUUGGCAAGCAAAAUGAGCCAAACAAUCAAGAAGGAAGACCAGAAAAAGAAAGAAUGCCAAAAGCAAACACAAAAGAAAAGUCCGGAGAAGAAUAUGUCAGAAAUUGACGAGCAUAUUUUGAAAAGAUUCGAAAUCAAGAAGCGACUUGGUAAAGGUGCUUACGGUAUAGUAUGGAAGGCCACUGACAAGAAAACCAAAGAUGUGGUUGCAAUUAAGAAGAUUUUUGACGCAUUUCGCAAUCAAACAGAUGCUCAAAGAACAUUUAGAGAAAUUAUAUUUUUGCAAUCGUUUCGUAAUCAUCCUAAUAUUGUUAAAUUACACAGCAUACACAAGGCACUUAACAAUCGUGAUAUCUACCUUGGUUUCGAAUACAUGGAAACAGAUCUUCACAACGUGAUCAAACGCGGCAACAUCCUCAAGGAUAUACAUAAGCGGUACAUAAUGUAUCAAAUGCUGAAAGCCACUAAGUAUAUACAUUCAGGCAAUGUCAUACAUAGAGACCAGAAGCCGAGUAAUGUAUUGAUUGAUAGUGCAUGCAGGGUGAAAUUAGCGGACUUUGGUCUAGCUCGGUCUGUCUCCAGUGUGUACUCGGGUGGAGAGGAGGGCGCGGACCCUUGUCUCACUGAUUAUGUGGCUACAAGAUGGUAUCGAGCACCGGAGAUAUUGAUUGCUAGUAAGAAAUUCCAUCGUGAGCGCGAUGAGCCGACAUUACCAUCGGACGUGUUGCUGCCACUUCGUGAUGACAAGCAGAUGUCAGUAGACGACUACAGGAACAAGCUGUACAGCAUCAUGGCUAAAGGCUCCAAUGGGUACAGCCACAUGAGGAAGUCUCAGUCGAGCAAAACUCAUACCGCCCAAACAUCAGCGCACGCCAACACAAAGACCAGUAAAAGUUUCCACGAGCCUUCGGAAAUUACUCGACCAUACAAACCGAAACAGAUAAGCGUCUCCGCAGACCAGAAGACCAGGCCAAAGAUUAUAAAAGGACCAGAAAGACCAUUGAAAGAAUAUCGAUCAGACCAGACAAUUACCAAACCGGUUAGAGCUCCAAAACUAAUGGAAAGCAGAAGUCAUGAUUGGGAAACUAAUUGUCAUGGUGACUAUUUACCGAUUAGAAAGAAUCAAAAUGAUGGAUAUGUUUCUGGUGGUAAAAAGAUAAUGCAGCAAAGAAGAAAUUCCACCUCCUUUUCUACUAUUAGUAUUGGAGGCGAUGCUGACUAUCUUGGUAGGAGCCUUAAUCAAAGACAUGGUGUUAUAACCGCCAGUGCCUUAAUAGACCUCCAUACUAGUAUACGAUGAGAUAGUAUAUGCUAAUUUUGUGACCUUGAAUCUCAAAUACUAGGGUAGAGUGAUUUUUCUAUCGAUUUUCGUGUAUUUGAGUAGUUGUAAAAAAUUGUAGCAAGUUUUUUUGUAAUCACGCUUGAUGUUUCUUUCAUUAUAAUUUGUUUUUAUAAUGUUAGAAGUUAGGUUAAAGCCACAAAAAAAUGGAAUGUCACCCUCAAAAAAAUUAGUUUUGACGUUAAGCCGCUCCCUACUAUUAUUUUUUUUUGUUUUUUUUUACUAUAAAUAACAUCAACCUGUUAAAUGUUGUAACUUUAACUGACUAGAAUAAUUAUUUAGUGUUUUUUUAAUUUCUUUUUUUUAUUUGUUAUUUACCCAUCUCAAUUUUAAAAAUUAAAGGUUACAAAAUAUUAUUAUUAAAGACUUUUUUGUUGUACUUGUUAACGAUUAUGUGAAUUAAGUUUUUUUGAACAAAAUAUUCGACUUGAAGUUUAUUAUUUGAUCCAUUUUUUGCAUUAGUAAAAUAGUACACGUUUAGCGUGUAGGUACAGGAUGUGAGAAAAAGUUUUCUGUGUUAUUUUUCUAGUCACAAAAUAAUAUAGAUCCAUCUUACAUCUGUAUAUUGUAUUGUGUUUAAACAUGUUGUGUUUUUAAAAGUAGAUUUUUGAAAUACUGUUACAAUAAAAUUGUAGAAUGCUGGCACUAAACUAAAAAUUAUUGUAAACUAAACAUCAUUUUUCAUCUCUGCUUAUGAACUUUUUUAAACAUACGAUAAUUAUAAAAUAUACAAAUAAAUAAUUACAGUAUAAUAAAUUAUGUACUUUUUGUACAAACAUGUAGAUAACAUGCAAAAAAUAAUCGAAAAACACUGCCAUAGGAGGAUCAAAAACUGUUUUAAAUACGACUGAUUUUUUUUAGACAGAAAAAAUGAAAACAUAACAAAAACAUAAAUUAUUAUUUUUUUUAAAAGACUAACUAAAAUAAGAAUGAGUACAGCGCAUGUUCCAAAUUCUCAAUAUAAAAUAAGGCUACCCCCGUUGGAUAAAAUUGCAUGUAUAACUUAGGUACUUUUAGUAAUUAAACAAAUACUGGGUAUUUGGUUAUAGUGUGUUUUAUGAGAUUUUGAUAUUUAUAGUAAUUUGUUAUAUCACAGAUAGAACGAAUUAUCUUGCAAUAAUUCACGAAAUUGUGUUUAGAAAGAAUUAUAUGCUCAAGUAAAUUUUUUUUUUCUUCAAUAAAGCCUUUGUACAAAAAUUAGAUUAAAUAGUUUUACACAAUGGAUCAG